GUCUUACCCUGUAGACGAUCUCAGAAUCUUUACACCUCUGGAGAAACUUUCACUAACGUUCACCGAUAAUUUGAGAGAUGGUGAAUGAAUACAAGAAAAUUGUUCUUCUGAUAGGAUUAAGUCGUAUUAGAGAUCAUGAUUUUAGAAUGGUUAAGUCCUUGUUGAGCAAGGAACUGAAGCUAAAUAAAAAUAUGCAAGAUGACUAUGACAGAGUUAACAUUGCUGACUUGAUGGAGGACAAGUUUCCAGAAGAUGCUGGACUGGACCAACUGAUAGAACUGUAUAAAGAGAUGCCAGGACUUGGAGACCUUGCCAGUGAACUCAAAAAAGAGAAGGCAAAAGCUAAUAGGAAACAGGCUGUGAAAAGCAAAACUGAAGUAAAAAGACGCCGUCAAGGUGAACCUAGUACUUCCCAAGCUAUGUCCACUACAAAUGAAGAGUUGGAAGCAGAAUCAGGCAGGAGUACUAACAACUCACAGACUCCUCGGUCAUCUCUACCAACUGUUUCAAGAAGGGACCAAGUCACUCAGAUGUCUCCAAUAAAAGCAUCCAGCAGCGGUCCAACCUGUAGCAGGGCCCCAGCAACAUCACGCCACAGGGUCCAGAAACCACAAGUGUCUUCAGCAGCAUCAAUCGUCAGGUUCCUAAGCCCUCGAGAGUCUCCAGCAAGAGCAUCCAGCAGUGCCCAGGCUCCUGGAGUAUCUGCAGCAAUACCAGCCAAGAAACAAAGACUGAAGACUGUACCUAGAGAACCUUCUGAGGUAGAUGGUCACCAACAAGGUCCCAAACAUGUGAUGGUGUUAAAAGCAACAAAACCAUUUAAAUAUGGCACGAGAGAAGAAUGGAUGUUCCAUGCCACAGUGGCUACAGAGACUGAAUUUUUUAGAGUGAAGGUGUUUGAUAUUGUUCUGAAGGAUAAUUUCAUCCCAAGCAAGAUCAUUACUAUCUCAGACUAUGUUGGUCAAAACGGGUUCAUAAUUAUACACAAGGCAUCCAGUGUGUCGAAGGUAAAUGAUAGUCAAUCAAUGCAUAUCCCACCUUCACUGAGGCAAAGGGCCAAUGCAACACCUAAAAUUGAGUAUCUUUGCUCAAAAAGAAGAGGAAUAUUUGUGUUUGGAGUGUUUAAGGUAACUAAGAAAGAUGAAAUGGAGAACCGCAUUUGCUACGAAAUAGAAGAUAAUACAGGGGUGAUGGAGGUGAUGGUCUAUGGACGACUGACUAGUGUUGAUUGUAAUCCAGGAAAUAAGCUUAGACUCAUGUGCUUUGAACUGAUCUCAGAUGAAGAUAAAGUACAGCUGAGGUCAACAAGAUACAGUGACAUGCAGGUCAUCAAAGCUAAGAACGGUGAAACGACCACUCAGCCCUUCUUCAGUUAUGAAACUGCAUGA